AUGUCACCAUCACUCGUCAUCGACGACACCUCGCUGCUGCUGCUUCUCGUCCUCGUUGCAGCGCUUGCGGUCUCCAUCUACGUCUCCCGCUCCUUCCAGCCCCUCAUUCACCCGCUCAUCCUCACCCGACAGGCCGACGUCUCACAAACUAGACAGCCCAACGAGUCGGCCAUCUACCGCAACGCAAACUCCCCAGCCGGCUUCGACCUCGCAUUGAGGCCGCGCAAGGAGAUCAACGAUGUCGCCGAUCUCAUCAGACACGGCGCAAAUGGCUCUGAACGCGAAGCGCAGAGGUCCAUCUACGGUCGAUCCAAGUCUAACGCGGACGUAGCUGGCGAUGCUACCGCCUUUGCAACCGGCUUCAUCAAGCUUUCGUCCGCUCCCGUACCACAGACCGUUUUUGCUGUGGUCUCCGAGUCUGACUCCUACGAGAGCCUCAUCGCGUUGCUGGCCAACUCGCACACGUCGGUCAGCUCGCGCUUCCACACCACUGUCGUGUCACCGGAAGAGCUCGGCAAGCAGAAUGUCAGCUCCUUGCCCAGUACCUUGUCCAGCACUGGAGCCCGCUCCGUCAUCGGCGUCUUCACAACCUCAAAGAGCAUCGAUGCCGUCCUCGCGUUGCCCAUCAUCGACGCUUCUGCGCUCAUCAUUGUCCCCUCUGCCGAUCUCGAAGAGGUCCAGAAACGCGCAAAUGCGCACUUUGGCGGCUCGCAUCGUCUUCGCAUCUACGACUUUACCACCGUCGUCGAAGCUGGCAGUCGCGGCUCGCUCCACGGCAACGAGUCCGUUGACCGUGACGUCAUUAAUCAGGUGCAGUCGUACUACUGGAACGCCGCGUCUUCUCAAUGGACUGCGGUUCAGCACGCCAACCUGGUCGCUGGCGUCACCUCACAAUUGGCCAGCUUUCCAGCCGACAAGAUUCCCAGCACCACCGACCACCUUUUCGUCGAGGGUACCUCCGCUUUCGGCACCACAGCGUCUUCGCUCAUGGCCACACGGACGCCGUUUGGCUUUGCGCUCGCACUGACAGCACUGUACACAGGUUCUGCCAUCACCUCUGGCCUCCUCACCACGAGCUACGAUGACCCCAACCCAACGCGUUCUGCCGCGCUUUCGCAGGCACAGCCUACCCUUGUCUACGCAACCGCCGAAGGCGCGUCCUCGCUUGCCUGUGCGUUCACCGCCUGCAGCCGCCGAAGCCCGCUCGCCUCGUGGGCCGCCAAAAGCAAGCUCUUUGCCCUUCGGAACGGCACCUUUUCUCGCCAAGGCCUUGCUGACAGCCUGGUCUUCAAGCAGGCUCGCGAGGCCACUGGCACCUUCAAGGUCAGGAACGUGCUCAUCGUCGGGCGAGGCGAUACCGUGCCCCAGGCGCUGCUCGACUCUGUUCGCUCGCACCUCGGCUGCUCCGUCCUCAACGCAUACCUCCCUGAACUCCAAGCAGCUGCUGUUACUGCGCCUGUCAGCUCUACGCAUGCUUUCGACCUCCAAGCUUUCGCCGAGCACGAGAUCGGAGCGAUGCAGGUGCCGGCUCACGUCGGUCCGCCCUCUGUCUCUGCCGAGAUCAAGCUGGUGCAGUCCCAGGCUGCCACCGACGCAGGUCUGACCAUGACGGGCGACAGGCAGCCUGGCCACGCUGGCGAUCCAAUGGGCGAAAUCGUGGUGCGCGGCAACAUCGUGGCUCGCAGCAUCGGCGCCGAGGACGCCUGGUCCGUCACGGGAGACCUCGGCGCUUUCCGUUCCAACGGUACCCUCGUCGUGCUACACGACGCCGAUGAGGCCGAUGUAGCUGCCGUUCCCACGCUCAAUGCCCGCAAACCGAUCAUUCGACAACGUCGCAACCGCAGCCUGGCUUCGAAGGCAGCAAAGACAGUCCUAAUUGCCGCUCUUGUCAUGGCUGCCACAGUUGCACCGACAGCAUCGGCAGGUGCGCUGUUCAAACGCGGCGGCUCGAUCAACAACACAAUGAGCGACAUGGCCAAGAUGGGCAUGCUGGUGGGUCAACGCGCUUCGUGGGAGCAAGGCGCGUCGCAGGCAGCUCUUCUGGAACUCGACUAUCCAGGCUGGUCCGUCUUUUCUUCUUCCAGCGGUGGACCUCCCUUCAAGCCUGGCAUGGAGAGAAAGGCCUCCGGUCCACCUAACGAGGUGAUCGCCAUGGCGUACGCCUCUGCAUCUCGCUCCGACAGCCUCGGUCGACUGGCGUUCAGGAUCACAGGCGACGAGCAGAUGGGCUCGGGCAGCUCCCUCGAUGGUGCUGCGCCGGGUCCUGAGGUUUUGCUCGCUGCCUGGCUCGACGGUGAGAUCGACCGCAACACGGGCUCCAUGGGUUCAGGCUUCUACAGCAAUGCGGCACGGAGCACGCUAAACAUGGUCAUGCAACGCACACCCAAGGCUCGCUCCGGCGCCAUCAGCCAUCGAUACUCGUCCGUCGCCCUGUGGAGCGAUGCGGUCUACAUGAUGCCUCCGUUCCUCUCAUUCUACGGCAUGAUCACGCGCAACAACACCCUGCUUCAAGCCUCCUACGACCAGAUCCGCCUCUAUCGUGAUGCAAUGCGACUUACACAGGGACCGGCAGCGAAUCUGUGGGGCCACAUCCUGCUACCCGACAACCGAACCUGGACCGACGGCGGUGCCUGGGCCACCGGAAACGGUUGGGUGCUUGCAGGUAUGGCUAGGACGUUGGCGACGAUCGAGCAGAGUCAGGCGUCGAGUCAGAUGACACAGCAAAAGACGGAUCUGGUCAACUGGAUGCAGGAGAUCCUCGAUGCUUCGUGGCCGCUGUUGGACGACCGUGCGCUGCUGUUCCACAACUACAUGAACGAUACCACGACGUUCUACGAUUCCGCGGGGACGGCGUUGAUCGCAUAUGCGACGUACAGAUUGGCGUCGAUGUCGCCGGCCAACAACAAGUGGGUCUCGCAGGCAGAUUCUGUCUACCGCUCGCUGGCGACUUCGUUGAACCCUAUCGGUCAGUUCAGGGAUGGCUACCCGGUCGUCGACGUGCUUUCGUUCGUCAGUCAGGGUGAGACGUCGUCCGAGUCGUUGGCGUUCUUGAUGCUGAUGAACGCUGCCAAGCGCGAUUACCAGAACAACGAUGUGGUGCGCAUCACGGCGCCUGGCAUCGCGACCAAUGCUGCUGCGGCGGCGUCCACUUUGGCUUCGGCGAAGGUCGUGAUGGUCGUCGCUUCUGCGACGCUUCUUUUCACACUCCUAUAG